CCGUCUGCGCACUAACUAGUGGUACGGACACAAAUAAAUUCAUUUUAGGAUUGCCGAUAUUAAUUCUGAAUAAAAUGCAUCUCCCGAGCUUCCUACUUUCUUUGCUUACACUAUCCUGCACCCUUUUUUUUCUGGCAGCGGCAGACGAUAUAAGAGUAGAAAUUCGAGUAUUAGACUUCUCCAACAAAGCCCGUGUAUUAGCUGACGGUGUUACAAAAUGCAAACCUAAUCGGUGUGAGGCCGAUCAACCACCGUGCGAUGUCAGAAUUGAGCGCGCAAUGAACAAAAGCGUGUGCCCCCAAGAUUCAGAAAAAUGUUUCACAUCGACAACCGCCGAUCCAAAAUCAGUAAACUACGAAUCUUUUUACUAUUAUCAAUGCGUGGACCCGGGAACGCUUAACCACACUUUCACCCAGGAUACUUGCAACGAAAAAUUCAAAAAAAUAAAUUUGCCAGUGCAUGCCUAUCACGCACAAUACUAUGUCAAUCCUGCUCCGGAUAUACAGUAUUUCGAUUGUUAUACUUCCGGUAACGCUGCCGAUGUGGCAGCUAAUCAAAACGCUGCUAAAUGGUCGAAGGUCAUGUCGUGCGACCAAAAGUUUAAAAAUCCAGCGAAUGCCAAGUUGACCUAUCAGUGGCGAGCAUACCACGUUCCCAAAGAACAAUGCGGAGCGGACGCAAGAAAGGCCGUUGCAGAAAAAGCGGAAGAGGCCGCUCAAGAAGCUAAAGAGGCUGCUGCAGCGGCUGCUAAAAAGGCUGCCAAAGAGGCGGAACAGCAAAAAAUUAAACAACAGGACGAAGAAGCAAAAAAGCGUGGUCUGGCAAAGUUAUUGGUGUCCUUACACGUAAUUGUAAGGACCGUUCCUGCAGACAGCAACGAUCAAGAAAAGAUAACACGCUCCGCUCUACUUGACCUUUUCAGCAAGAAUUUCGGUAAACGUUAUCGCACCGAAAACGUAACAAUCCAGCUUGCGUCCCACGAUAGGGAAAGAAAAUAUUAUUUUAUCGUUGGAUACAGCGUCCCCGUUGACGAAAAAACAAUCAGCAACGAAUUCGUCAACCUCAUCAAACGCUCUAAAAUUCCAAACGUAGUGGACGCUUGCUUUGAAUCGAAAGACUGCAAAACGAAAUAA